CAAGUGGAUAUGGUUUUCGCAUGCACUUUGCCCUGUGUUUCUGGAAUUCAACCUCAAUGGCCAUUUUCUUGGAGUGGUAGUAGUUCUCCAUUGCCUUCUCCUCGUUUCAAGCCAUGUUCCUCUUCCUCUGCCUCUUCUCACAACCAUACUUUUUCUCUCAUUCAAGACUCUGCUGUCAUUGCCUGCCUUCGUGCCAACAGUGCUGAGCAGGCGAUGGAAGCUGCUCGUGCUGCUGUAAAUGGUGGCAUUGCAGUUCUGGAGAUUGUGAGGUCUACUCCGGGUGUGUUUGAGGUCUUGCAGACUCUGGUUAAGGAGUAUCCUACCAAGGCCUUUGGUGUUGGGACUGUUUUAAAUGCUGAGGAUGCCAAAACUGCUAUAAAUGCCGGAGCCAAGUUUCUUAUGAGUCCUGCUAUGGUGAAGGACAUUAUAGUUGAUGUUCAAGAUGCUGAUAUUUUAUACAUACCUGGAGUAAUGACGCCAACAGAAAUAUUCUCUGCGUAUAAUGCUGGUGCCAAGAUUGUCAAGGUUUAUCCUGUUUCCGCGUUAGGUGGUGUGCAAUACAUAUCAGCAAUUAUGAAACCUUUCUCUCACAUCCCAAUGGUUGCUUCCCAAGGCAUAACAAUAGAUUCAGUAGGGGAUUAUAUUGGUCAGGGAGCAAUAUCAGUUGUUUUAUCGGAUGCUAUAUUUGAUAAAGAGGCAAUGAGCCAAAAUAACUUCGAUGUCAUACAUCAACUCGCCAAAUCCGCUGCUUUUCAGGGCAAAAAUGCUGUAAAAAGGAAGAAAAGGUGCAGGCUAAAUUAUUUACUUCACUCAUAAGUUACGAUUUUCAUCGAUAUCAUGCAUACAAGAUUGCUGCACUAGCACCAUCAACUAUAUAACUUUGAUUUGUUCAAGCAAGGAAUAGCUUCAGAUACUGACCAAAAAAACAGAACCUGGGUUGAAUACUUCAUGAUAUGCAAGUCCUGUAACCUGCAUGGCUGUCAACUCGCUUCGAGUAAUCGAAGCUCGAAAGCAAGCCAAAACCUAGGCUGUGGAGGAAGCAAAAUGUGAUGAUGCAUGGGGUACCUGUCACCUCUUUCACCAUUAGGUACAGUUGACUGAGUGUAACAUCCUAAAUUGACUACUUGUUCAAUCAACUUAAUCGUCUUGAAAAGCAGAAAAUUGGGUCUGCAUUGACACUGUUUUUCCAGGCUAGUUUCCUCUUGCUCUUCUAUAAUUUCUUUCUAAGAGGGAGGGGGAAAUUGGUACCUAAACUUUGAAAAGGAACAAUGUGCUAUUUGAAUUAAUAAAUUAAAGGUUAAUUUCA